AUGAGAGGCCUGUUCUCAUCCGGGCUGGCGCUCCUCAGCCUCGGCCAACUCACCCUUGGCCAGACAAAGUACGAGGUCCAGAAGCCUCCUCUGGACACAGACUGGACAUACAAGGUGGGCACAGAUCCCUGGCCAGAACAUCCUCGCCCCCAGCUCCGCCGUGAAGCAUGGAAGAGCUUGAACGGCAUCUGGACAUGGAGGGGUGCCACCAGCGAGAGUGACGUUGGAUCGCCGCCUGCUUCCGGUCCCUUGGACCGCGAGGUCCUGGUGCCAUCUUGCAUUGAGAGUGGUCUCUCCGGUCUGCAGAUCCUCGAUGUGCGCCACAUGUGGUACGAGACCAAGUUUGAUGUGCCCGCGGAGUGGGAGGGCCAGAGCGUGCUGCUCAACUUCGAGGCCGUGGACUACAGCUCUACCGUCUUUGUCAAUGGCGUCGAGAAGACCAAGAAUAUCGGCGGCUACCACCGCUUCACCGUUGACGUGACUGCGGACGUCAAGUACGGCGGCUCAAACGACCUGCUCGUCUUCGUCUCUGACCCAACAGACUCGCAGCCCAUCCCCGUUGGAAAGCAGACUUUGAACCCUAGCCAUAUCUUCUAUCGCUCUUGCUCUGGUAUCUGGCAGACAGUGUGGAUUGAGUCGGCCCCGGCCAACCACAUCACCCAACUUGAUGUCAGUGCCAAGCAUGAUGGUGAAGUGACCGUCAACGUUCAUGGCUCUGGUGACGGCACUCCUGUAGAAGUCACGGUAUUUGGGUCAGACGGUGGCAAGAUUGCGUCAGGCACCGGGACCUCUGGUGAGGAGUUCAAGUUCACCGUCGACAACGUAAAGCCUUGGUGGCCAGAGUCCCCCACUCUCUACAACCUGACUGUCACUCUGGGCAACGAUGAUGAGGUCUUCAGCUACACUGGAUUCCGCACCAUUUCCAAGGGAGAUGUCAAUGGUGUCCCCCGACAGCUUCUCAACGGCGAGUUCGUCUUCUGGUUCGGCACGCUUGACCAGGGAUACUGGCCUGAUGGGCUUCACACCCCUCCCAAUGCUGAGGCUAUGGAGUACGACAUCAAGGUGCUCAAGGACUAUGGUUUCAACAUGCUUCGAAAGCACAUCAAGAUUGAGCCUGAUUUGUUCUACUACGCCUGCGACAGACUUGGACUCUUGGUGAUCCAGGAUAUGCCCAGCUUGAAGCCAGACACUCAGCCAACCGGUGAGGUAGCCGCCGAGUUCCAACGCCAGCUCGAGAUCAUGAUCAAUGAGCACAAGAGCUACCCCUCCAUUGUGACAUGGAUGAUCUUCAACGAGGGAUGGGGACAGUUGGAUAACGGACAACCCGAGGAGCAGCUCACCGAAGUUGUCCGUGAGCUCGACCCCAGCAGAUUGGUCAUCUCCGUCAGUGGAUGGGACGACCAUGGCUUCGGAGACUUUGCGGAUAACCACGCCUACGCAUCACCCCAAUGCGGCACACCUUUCUACUCCAGGCCCAAGACUCCAUAUGACGGCGUCCGCAUCGGCAUCCAAGGAGAAUACGGCGGCAUCGGACACAACGUCUCAAUCGAGCAUCUCUGGAAUGACGCAAAGGCCAUUGCCGCCAUUGACGAGACAUACGAGAUCAACAAGGAUCUCGAGUCCUACAACUGGCGCGCCCACCGUCUCUUCCGCGACAUCCGUGAGCAGACGGAGGAGUACGCCUGCAGCGGCGCCGUCUACACGCAGACCACCGAUGUGGAGGGCGAGGUCAACGGUCUCAUCACGUACGACCGUCGCUUCGCACGACCGGACGCGAAGCAGUGGCAGGAUGACAUCCAGAGCGUUUAUGAUGCUGCGGCCGCGAGAGGUGGCAAGGCAUCAUCCAGACGUUGA